AUGAUAUAUCUCACACUAAAUAUAGAGAAAUGAACAAUAAUAUUUUAAAUAUAAAAUAUAAUUGUGUAUUUAUACUUUUUUAAAAAUAUAUGUUUUAUAAAAUAAAAAGUGGUAAAAUUUUAAUAUUUUGAAAAUUAUUGAUGUACAUAAAUUAAUUUACUAAUAGAAAAUAAACUUAGAAUAUUUUUUAGUAUAGUAAAAAUUAAGGUAAUUAUUGGAGCAAAAUCUUUAUAUAUUUUUAGAAUAUUUUAUUUGGUAGUAAAAUAGAGAUAGCAAAGAAGAUUGUCUUAAAUUUACAUGGUAGUCAUGUAUUUUAAAUUAACAACUUUACUUUUUCUUAUUAACAUAAAAGAGGAAAACUGAUCACGUGUAACAAUUGAUUGUUUUGUAAAGUCUCAAUACAAUAGAGAUAUUUAUAUUUUACGAACAUUCGGUUGAAACCCUAUUUAGGAAAACAGAAUGGAUCCAACCAAAAAAUUAAAGGAGAUAAUGGCACAUGAGAAGCUGCCAUGGGAGUUAAUUGAGGAGAUACUAUCCCGUGUCUCUCCAAAAUAUCUUGUCCCCUUCAGAGUUGUUUGCAAACGAUGGAAGGCUAUCUUGGACGACAAGACGUUCAUCAACAACCACAAGGAGACGUUUCGAUUCAUCCUAGCAACGAAAUCAAAGAUUUAUUCAGUAAGCAUGGAUACCAAGAUACUGGUGCGUGAGUUAUUGUUGGAUAUUCCUGGUUUAGAAGCUCAAAAACCUAAAAAGUUGGUUAGUUGCGACGAGUUCUUGAUAUGUAUCAUGGAUAAAGGAGCAGCAGUUUGUAACUCGUGGUUGAAACAAACUACAUGGAUUAGUGAACCUAGCUUUCGCUUCUAUGGCAUAGGUCAUCGUGAUAGUAAUAAUAGAAGUGAGGAAAGUGUUUACAAAACUAUUUGGAAUUCAACUACCGGCUGGAAAAUCCAUGACCUUGCCUCAGGUACGUGGAUAGACAUAGGGUCAGAAUCCAGUGAUAGUAAUCAGGGUAAGAAAGGACCUAAAACUAAAAUGCAUUCUACAAGUGGUGUAUUUUUGAAUGGAACUUUGUUUUGGAUUGUUACUUCUGACGAGACAGCUUUCUUGUAUUGUAUACUCCUCAAUUUUCCGACUGAAGGAUUCUACCUAUAUUGUGAGCUACCAUUUGGUAUGAGCCAUGCUCUUGAUGCUCUAGUCCUUAGGUUAUUUAAUGGAGAUCGAUUUUCGGUGUUAAAGCAGUGCUAUGUAACAAAAAAGAUUGAGAUUUGGGUGACCAAGAACAAGGUUAACGUUGAGGAUGGUAAUGAUGUGGUUUGGAUGAAUUUCAUGACUUUUUCAAUUCCUAACUUUCCCGGUUUAGUGCCGUUCGCCUACCCUCAGCAGCCAAGUUACUUCAUCCACAAGAAUGAAAGGCUUGUCGUGUGUUUUUGCGAUGAAUCAGGCAAGGCUUGGAUUUAUGUUAUGGCAGAAAACAAGUUGAUCGAGAAAGUCAAAAUAGAGUCUGUGGUUGAUCCUUGGCCUUUGCAUUGCACUUAUUUUUCCAACUUGGUCUCGGUUCCUCAAGGACUAAGAGAUGAAGCAAAAUCAGAAGUUUAAUAUUAUUACGUGUAUUUUCUUCUUUGUGUUGUCCUUUGUUUCACUUAGAGAUUUGCUCAGUAUCCUUUGGUUUUGCUUUUAUUUUGGAGAAUAACUUAUUUAGUUUUUUUCAGAGCAAGUUAGUUAAAGACUUAAGCGUUCGACAGGCUCAAAUUAACUUGUGGUCUAGUCAUAUAUUUCAAAAUUAAUUAAUUUCUGGUACUCUUGAUUAUUUCCCUCUUCAUAAAAUGCAAUUCUUUAUGACCAAAUUAACAAAGAAGUCGGAUUAUGCUAGCAGCAGUGACUUUAUCAACAUACAGGGUUUUUGAAAUAACAUCUUUAUAGUUAUAAAACCUAGUAUUUCAAAAAUUAACUUUUGUUUUGGAGCAGCUUCAUUAUUCUUAUUCCUAGCUUGAGUCUCAAGGCACAAAGGCAAGAUAGCCUAAAUGGCUAAAUGUAUUGAAAGCAUCAACAUCACCAGAGUUUUAUUGGUGUCUGAGUGUCUCCCUAUCCCUUCUACUACAACUUUUAUAUAUAUACAAACGCAGCUUUCAUUUUUGGCUCUAUAACCUUUUUAACAUAUAAUAAAUACAAAAAAGAACCUACACAAUUAUUUGUCUUUCCACCCAUCACAACUUGUAUUCCUCGUCUCCUUGUUCUGUUCUCCCAUUCAACUUGUAGCAGCUCUUUGGUAGCUUCCUACAGUCUUACAGCAAAACAAAUGUUAUAUAUUAUAACUUUGAAAUAUGGAAAACACUAGAGAUCUUAUCAUUAGUGGAUACAUUUACAAAGAGGGUACAAGUUAAGAAUAUGUAAAAAUAAGUGAAUGCAUCACAUUUACUUACAUUCAUCACCAUCAGUUUUGAAUACCCUUCAUACUUCUUCAGCAGCAACAAUGUAAGAAUAAGUGAAUGCAUCACAUUUACUUACACGUUUGCUGAUGAAUCUAAACGAUCACUUGCUUCAUCAUCUAUAGAUGUUCUAGUCUUACAAUCUCCUAUACGAAUUCAUCAUAGUCUAAUGUGCCUUCCAAGUGAUCAGUCUAAAGUGACCACAUGAUGAUCGAUCCGUGUGUAAGAAAAACUAUGAAGCUAUAAUCACUUAAUCUACAUGUUGAGACAUUAUUGUCUGCUUACUGGUGUUUGCAUAGAGUUGUCAAGAUUUGUGUUGAAUCUUUCAAGAAUGCUUUUGAGUUAUUUGUAAGUUACUCGUCCGCUCUUCUUACCGUCUAUAAUC